AUGAUCGCUUCGGUCUGGUGGCUUCUGGAGACUGGCGAAGGUGGAUGGCGUCUCAGCUUCAACACUCUCGCCACCGACAACCCGCAGUCGACUCGCUUCCUCCAGCGCUUCAAGGUCCCUCUUAGGUUGCGCAUCCAGAAGGCAAUCACGAUCCUCGACAAGCCUGACGUGCCGUCCACGCCCUUCAUCGAGGCAAUGGAGAAGAUGGUGAAUGAUCCCGAGCUGCUCAAGCUGCGCGACGACCGUAACGAGGCGGCGCACGAGGGACGAGACGAUGACGAGCAGGUGAAGGACAUCAUGCGCCGCUACUUCCCCGCAGAAAUGUCGGAGAAGGAGCAGACGGUCGGGCGGAUGCUCGACUUCGCCAAGGUGACCAAGCCUGUGGAGGAGAAGCAGCUGAAUGCGGUGACGUUCAUCACGAGGAAGGCCCAGUAG